UUGGUUACCAUCUACCUGAGAGGGGCGGUGGUGCAAAUGCGGCACAAGUGUUAAGGGGUCACUCCUUGCCCGAGGUCGUGGCACAUGAAAGGUUACGAAGUAAUUUAUAUGAAACACAUUGGAAUUAAAUUAAGACGUCCUCAUAUUUAACCAAAUUUGCAUCAGUAAAAAAUGGAGUGGACGCAAAAUUCAAUUAUACUUGGUUGAAAAAUUUAUUAGAAACCUGAAUGCAUUUACGUGCAACCUUUAAUAUUACUACAUGAAACAUGGCAGAAUCGACGUGCUGUAGAAGAAUAUAUGUACUAACGACAUAAUUCAAAUUAUCUAAAGAAACUUCAGAUACCGAAGAAUAUGAACGAAAGUUACAUGAUGCAUCAAACCCAAGGUUAAGAAGCAGAACAACCAUGGUAUAUACAUCAAAACAGUCGACAUGUGCUGGUACCAUGCACGAUGACCCAUUCUAUUGCAGACAAACGAUUACGAAAUUAUGGGUGUAAAAAUGGAAGCAAGAUGACCACUAACAUUUAAUGUUAGCUCGGGCUAGCACCACCACUUAGGGGAACGCAGAGGGAACACGUUCAUCGUUGCCUGUAAAGGAUCUUUUACGAAAUAUACAUGAAAAUGACGUUUGCACCAUCUGCGGUAAAACUUCCCAGGCCCUCCACCAGCAAUAUGUCUUGAACCAUGUAAAUUAUCGGGAGAAAAGAGAAGCGAAAUUGAAUAUAUAUCGUUGGUGUUCGAAGGAUGACAGCGAGGAACUACACAUAUUGGUACCAAGGACCAACUACUUUAAGGUUCUUAAACACUUCCUGGAUCUACGACGAUGACGACUACGAUUAUGAUUACGACUAUGAUUAUGAUUACCACAAGAGGGAUGAGGACGACCUCGAUGACGUCGCCCUCAACGCCACUGCAGCCAACAUCUCCACGACAACGCCGGGGGACGACGUCGUGGAGCUGUUGGCAGGCGCAGCGGCAGACGACGAAACCAGCAAGGCCAUUGUCGAGGCCGUCUUCAAGUCGGUGGUGUUGGCGAGCAUCGUCGUCCUGACAAUUGGAGGGAAUGUUCUGGUGCUUCUGGCGGUGUUCAUGUCUCGAAACCUGCGUUCCUCCACCCACUACCUCAUCGUCAACCUGGCCGUGGCUGACCUCCUCUUGGGUACGACGGUGCUUCCCUUCAGUGCCACACUCGAGGUUUCGGGCAAGUGGUACUUCGGACAGAUCUUCUGCGAAGUGUGGGCUACGGCAGACGUGUUGUGUUGUACGGCUUCCAUCUGGUCUCUCUGCGUCAUAUCCCUCGACAGAUAUGUGGGAGUGACGCGUCCUUUGGCCUACUCGACCAUCAUGACGGAGAAGAGGAUGUGUGUGCUCAUAGGGGCUGUGUGGGUUCUCUCCAUAGUGAUUUCCAUAGGUCCGGCGUUUGGAUGGAAAACCCCUCCAGAUCCAGACCCCACAGUGUGCACGGUCAACCAACAGCUGGGUUACGUGUUGUUUUCGGUCACAGGGUCCUUUUACCUCCCCAGCCUUUGUAUUCUCCUCCUUUAUUGGCGAAUCUAUCGAGCUGCAAUUGAGCAAUCCAAGUUCCUCGAAAGUGGCAUCAAAACCACGAAAACAUCUGUCACACUUAGAGUUCACAAGGGCGGGGCUAAAAAAGGUGAGGCUAUUAUGACACUCAGGGCACACCGCGGUGGUGGCAUGGGUGUCGGCAUUGCUGCAGGCAUGGCUGCCGGUUUGGCAACAGGUGUGGGCGGUCUUCAGGGGCCUUGCAUCAUGAACGGACAGUCAAAAAACUCCGCCCCGCCUCCUGCAGCGAAGUCUGGCCUUAGAAUGCAUCGUGGGAAAAAGGGAGGACUGGCCAGUCUCAUGGCACCAGCCCCGCAUUUACAAUUGGCUGUGACGUCACUUAACUGGCAGAACAAUCCUAAUAACCAAAAACAGGGAGAGGAGGGUGGAGAGGAGGGAGGAAGCUGCCGCCCUUUGGAACAACAAAAUGACCACCGAGGGCGAGAAAUCCACCACGAGCAGGAAUCUCCCUCUUCUUCCCCGGAAAGAAGGAUACCAGGACCUCCGGGCAAAAUUGCCAAAUUUCGGCGACAGAAGAAAGCAGCCAAGACAUUGGGGAUAGUCGUUGGAGUCUUCCUUCUGUGCUGGUUCCCUUUUUUCUUCAUUUUACCUCUAGACUCUUUGUGUGGGCCCUGCCACAUCUCGGAGACCCUGUUCGGCGUGUUCUUCUGGUUAGGAUACUUCAACUCCUGCCUGAACCCGUUCAUCUACGCUUGCACCUCCAGAGAGUUCAAGAGAGCUUUCAAAAGGAUCCUGUGCCGCAGCCGACCGAGGCGAACCCUCCAACACACAUCCACCUUCCAUUCGGCCGUCUGGAGGAGGGAAACCACUGCCUCAACCGCCCGCACGCCCUCUCCAGCUCGUCAUGGCCUGGAGGGUCUUCUAGCCUACGCCACGCCCUUGGCUGACCCUUACGGGGCAAUGUGGAAGUCGCAGAAAAACCUGAAGCCCCACGAACCAGCAGGAGAACGACUUUCAGCACCUCCAGUGCUUCACUGAAUUUCCUGUCUGUCAUGACGUAGCGUCAUCGCGACCACAACUGUGACCUCCAUGAGCGAGGAAGGUGCCAGACCCAUUCUGGUAUUCAAAAAAAACUCCAUAGACAUAAAUCCAAGUGUACAUUCCCACUAUGUACAUUACGACAACAAGCCUUCAUGUUUUUAUGUGCAAUGUACAGUAGUUUAGGAAACCAAGCGCGGUCUCGUACCUAAGACAAAAAAGAAUAAAUAAUUGAACAUAUUCUCAUUCAGAUACGUUUAUUGUUUCUAUUUCUCUUUCUUCUGGGGGUUUAAACUUGGCUCACUGAUGAUCAAGACAUGGCUCCAUGGCUCUCUCUCUCUCUCUCUCUCUCUCUCUCUCUCUCUCUCUCUCUCUACCCUUCUGUUUGAGUAUAAAACUGCUUGUUUGUAAAAGUGAUAAAAAUAUUUAAAUCAUUCUUCCUUUCAAAAUAGAAGUUGGUAUAUUUAUAAUUUAUGACAUUCCGUUAUUAAUUUUUUUUUAUAUGAGAUCGCACCAGCUUCUUCAUUACUUAACAAAAUGCAAUUUCGUCAGCCACAUUCAUCCAUUUUCUAAUGGUGCCUACUUCAGUUCCUUAUGUGUUUCUUGCAGUAUUUCUAAUUCUUUCUUACAAAACUGACUAAGUUAGUUAAUCCUUCCCCUCAAAGAGCAGUUCCUUCCUCUCGAAUAUGUGACUGUACCAGAGUUUGGACUCAAACAAUAGUGUUGCCGCUUUCCUUCAGUGACCCUUAUUAAAUCAGUAAGUUACUUUCUCUCGAGUCACGUGCAAUGUCCAUCAGUGAGCAAGUGUAAAAAUGUCCAUAAAGUAUUUAAAAGGUAAAUAAUCUGUUAGUCAAAUGUUUUAGCUAUUUCAUAGGAUAUAUUCAGCAAGGAAAGUUUAUAUAUAAUACAGUUACCCAUAAAUGUAUUUUUGAUAAGGUAAACCUAUAUACAUAUAUACAUAUAUUUUUCCCAAUGUGUACGAGUAAAUAUCUCUCUUUAAAGAACUUAUAACAAACGGAACCUGAGAAGGUGACUCUGACAAAACUAUUCAUAUUACUAAUAGAAUCUGUUACAGUAUUACCGAGUGUAUGUAAGCGAUACAUGUGUGAGACGAAGAUGGUGAGCCGAUGAUGACUCAGAAUGAAAUGAGAGAUGAUGAUGCUCUUUCCUCUUCUUCCUUUUGAUGUCAGGUUGAAUCCCUCACGUUGUCAACUUCCCUUUUCUUUUUCUUUUUUUUUCAUUUUUUGUCAUAUUUUCUCUUCCUUUCAUAGAAACAGAGAUUCAGGGGGAAAACUUAAAAAAAAAUUAGCAGCCUUCCAUUAUGUGUACUCCAUAGAGACCCAGAACCUUUUUUAUUUACUGUAAGUCUUUCCUUUACUCUUAUGUCUCUCUAAACAAGUCAAACAACUGAAGGAUUCAACUGAAAAUGAAUGAAAACAAUGCCUUAGAGAAACGUAGUCUCUUCAUCGGAAAUUCAUGUAUUAGUCGUAAGCACUGAGUGUGAAUAAGUAGGAAUUUAUGUACGAUUUAUUGACCGUGGCCCAUUCGCCCCCCUCCCUCCCCAACCCAACUCCGGUUAACCUGAAAACCUUUCUGUAAUCAUCUUAAGCAACACCAAAAUCACCAGUUCCCAAAAAGAAGAAAGGGAAAAAAAAUCGACCUCAAUGUCUUUGCGUUUGCGCUGGAAAAGGGCGUUUUCCUCAACAUUCCAAAUUUUGCGUUGUCUGUACAAGUGAGCAGCUUUGUGUCUGCGUCUGUUUCUAAUGCGAGUUCUCUAUACCAUGACAACUGAGGACGACAGGGGCUUUAAAACCAAACGUGUAGUUGCAUCUUUACGGAAAAUGCCACAUUGCGUAGUGAUCAUGUGGUGUGCUACUAUGUUGUGUUGGUACUCAUGUGUUUGCCAUAUUUCCAUGUUGUACCCCCUAUAAAUACUAAGGAGCACCAGAAAGCAGUUCUCAGAAGAAAUAAAAGCAAUCUCAAUGCACAGUCUUUAAAAUGCUAUUGACAAUAAUAAAGAUACAGUAAUUUCUGAAAAUGAAAAGGGCAAUCUUCAUUAAAGUCAGAUCAUCCUAGCUUCACGAAAUAAUCUAACAUGUAAUUAAUAUUAACGAAUACAUCCCAUGGAAUCAAACUAAAUUGAAUCCUGUCCUUAAUUAGUUCGGUAAAUACAGUUGAAGUUAGUCUUUCCUGAAAUGAAGUAAAAAUCACGGCAAGUUUCCUCAAUAAAAUUACAUAUACUAUUUCCGCCCUUCAGAAAAGCUUGGGAAAUGAAUCAAUAAUACCCCGAUUAUGGUGUACCAUGACCCUGCUUUUGACAAUAUUUGCUCCAAAGUUAAAGUUAACGAAUGUUUUAAAUGUAAACCAACAAAUGACGAUUAUGAGUAAAGUGAAUAUUAAAUUAUCUCAUCGAGAUUUUGACAGCCACGCGUCUACGACAACCAGCAAGUUAGUAGUAGAAGAGUGACUUGAAAUUUGAAAAUAAUAUACAUUAAUGACCAAUAAGUUAUAUAACUGUCCUGUUUUUCUUCAGGCUUUGGAUCAUGAAGAGGAAAAAAAAAAAAUAAAAAUUAAAUGUUUUCUUAAAAUAAAUGUACCCCUGUAUGUGCAUCAUUCAAUAUAUA